AUGGGGUUGACAUUCACGAAGUUGUUCAGCUGGCUUUUUGCCAAGAAGGAGAUGCGGAUUGUGAUGGUUGGUCUCGAUGCAGCUGGUAAGACCACCAUCUUGUACAAGCUCAAGCUUGGAAAGAUAGUCACUACCAUUCCCACCAUUGGUUUCAAUGUGGAAACUAUUGAGUACAAGAACAUCAGCUUCACCGUUUGGGAUGUUGGAGGCUAUGAGGCUCAGAGUCGGGAUGAUGACAGUCUUUUCCAUGUUGAUUUUGGUUUUAUUCUCGGUCGAGACCCUAAGCCCUUUCCACCAACUAUGAAACUUUGCAAAGAAAUGGUUGAAGCUAUGGGCAGAGCAGAAAGGUAUUUGACAUAA